CACAUGCUGGGGCAAUUAAUUAGGGUAUAUAGAUGCGCAGUCGGAAGCUGAGAGUUGCAGGUUUCUAUUCAAUGUGCAGCAGUUGCUUGGAUCUGAGGCGCCAGAAUCCUCAUCAUGGUUGGGAUUGUACCAAAGAACGAGGCCCACGGGGUGGACUUCUGUGGAGUUGAUAAAUAUUACUACAUCGUUAGAUCUGAUCUGAACUGUUACAUGAGAUCAACAAAUUUCAAUAAGGGAGAAGAUCUCGAUAUUUUUACCCUCCACCCCUCGUGUAGAGAUGGGGACCAUUACCUGGCCCAUGAAGAUGAUUUCUUCUACAUCAUUAAGGGCACCAGCUACCGCCGGGUCACUAAUAUGAAUAAAGAUGAUGAUGCAGUCGUCUACUCUCUCCAUCCCAACUGCCAGGGGGGAGACCAUUAUCUGUCGGCUUUCGGCAAUUACUACAUCAUCUACCAGAGCCGAGGUGUCUAUCGUCGCACCAAAAACAUGAACAAGGAUGAAGACAGUGUAGAAUAUACUCUCCAUCCAAACUGUAAGAAUGGGCUGUACUAUUUUGGAACAAAAGACUACUACUACUUUGUGAAGCCCCAUGAUGAGUGGGGGCUUCAAUACUACAAAACCACCAAUUUCCACAACGAUGAAGAUAGCCAGACAUUUUCUUUUCAUCCCUCUGUCAUCAACUUUCUCCCAGGGGGCUUGGCCAUCACCAAAGGUCCAUCGUUUGGCACGUGGGAGUGCAUCAAAACCAUUUCCAAUGAUUCUGAUACUCCGGUAACCUGGACCAAGAAGAUCACCAAGAAGGUCGGCUAUGAGAAAGAGAAGAUGUCCAGUAUAGAGCACAACUGGAAAAUAUCCCUUGAAGCCAGCAUGGAAACUGGGGGGUUGUCCGCUCUAAUUGCAAAGGCACAGUUCUCCCUCAAAACUGAAUACGGAGGAUCCUCGGUCAAUACGGAGAGAGAGAACUGGACCGAGGCUACUGAGGUGGAAGAAUCGAUGACCAUCACGUUGGAACCCAAGAAGUCUAUGUACAUCUGGCAGUACCAACUGGGUUUAGGAAGUGAAUCUGUGCUGCACUGCCGUGAUACCAAGUUCAAGGAUGAAUCCACCCCACCCACUGAUAAUCCCCUGCCGCCAUCUUAACACCAGUGCUUGGCCCUUAUCCCCUCGUAAUAAUGGUGCUAAAUCUGCCGUAAUGCUCGUAGUGCCAGACACACCAGUAACUGCUACAAAAACUCCCUAAUGUAAUGCUGCUCAUAGUCAUUACAACCGGGGUCCAUUGGCAUUUGCCCCCCUAGGACCCUUAUAAUUGUAAGACCUCCUGCAAUAAAUCAGAUUCCAAGCAUUAAUA